AUGAUGCACAAACAUACCAAACCCAUCGGCCAGCGCAAGGUCUCGCCGCCACGCCCAAGCUAUAUGAACAACGACCAGAUGGCAAGUUACUUGAAAGACCUCCGAACAAACCGUCCUGCUCGUCCAACGGGGUCACGGCCCUUCCCCGGCAAAGCAGCAGCGUCGUCGCCCGAUCUCGAGGAGGGCCUUCCUCCCCGCUCAGCCUCUGCCUUCUCCAUGUAUCGAACCUCUGGCAGUCCUCCCCAAGAUGAGCCUCGCUGUGGAAGCGCCAUGUCCCACCGUCGCACAAUCUCCCAUGCCCCCGAAGGUGGCCCGACCGGCCGCCCGCUAGCCCAGGAGCCGCGGUCAGUCUCAGUGCGUAAAAACGUGUUUCCCUCGCAGGUCUUUUCACGCCCCGUCGCCGCGUCGCCGGCUCCCUCUUAUCGGUCUUAUCGGGAAGAUAAACAUCGUCACCAGGAGAAGGAGGAGGCACGGGAACUGCGCGACGCACUGCAGGGACUGGACGUGGAGGAUGAUGUUCGACUUCACCAGGCAGCUCAGGAUGAGGCCACAGAGUUGGUGUGGAUGCAUCAGAACCCCGGCAUGGCUUAUAAGAACCCCUAUGCGCCUUAUCAUAACCCGGAUUGCGGUGAUACGGACCCCUCAAUUCGAAGUCAACCCAGGAAGAGCUCUGAAUCUGGCUCUUCGUCAAUCAAACACCGCCAUUCAAGUACCUCGAGUGCUUCCUCGAGUGGCCCCUCAAGUCCCGAGUUCGCAGAUGUCACGUUGAAUUCAUCUGCGCGCAGACGGUCCUCCCUCGCUGGAAAGCUGAAGAAGAACCUCAAAGUCAACUUCGCACUGCCUGAUGAAGAGAAGCCUACGCCCAAGCCUCGGACAGUUAGCGGCGAUUCCUCCAAAGGAGUCUUUAGGAACCCUGAAGACCAUAUCUACGAAGAGCCCGAGGCAGCCGAGCCCCAAUCCGACUUCCCCAAACUCGACUGUUCGGGCCUGCGCAACAAGCCGCGCAACGCCCUCCCGCGCCUUGGCAAACCGCUUCCCUGGCUGCAGGAUCGAAGCACUAAUGGUUCCGUGCGCGACAAGAUCUCUCAGUUCGAUAUCCACAAGUACCCGCCUAGCCAGUCCCGCAACCCAGGUUAUACGAAGAAUGAGCCACUUCCACCACCACCUCCUCCUAGCAAAGAUGAAGGACCCGUCCCCAUGAAGGAUGGCAAGGAGAUUCGCGGCGACGAUAUCCGUCAUGCCACGAGCAAGAAACUCAAGGACCGCAGCGAGAACCUGCCCAUGCCUUCGGCUGUCAGCAACCGCAUGGGGCGACCCAUCGUGAGCUUCGACCCGAAAUGGCAACCGAGCGACCAACCCAAGCCUCAGUCCCAGCCUCAUCCCCAGCCGUCAGUGGCGAGUCCUCCAGUGCCUAGUAUCACGGUGGCUCCUAGUGUUGAGGUCUCCAAGCCAGAUCCUCCUUCCAUCCCGGUGAUCAAUGUCCCCGACAUCAAGGAGCCGACUAUUUCGGAAAUGAAUGAGCCUCCCCAUCCGCAAAGCAUGCUUGCCAGGCAGAUGCCGCAGCCCCAAAGCAACCGGACCCAACCGAUGGCUACGAGAAGACAGCCGUCGGAGCUACAGGACCGUUGGUACACCCCGUACUCUCGGUCUGGCGUCCCAACUGCACGCUGCGAGUCCUGCUCUCUGUCUAUUUCCGGUAAGAUUGUUACUGCUGGAGGAUCCCGAUUCCACCCAGAGUGCUUCAUCUGCUUUCAUUGCCACACGGCGCUGGAGUGUGUGGCUUUCUAUGAAGAGCCCGAAGCUAGUCGGGCCGAGAGGCUUGCGCACAACCCGGAUGAAGAGGCACGCAUACCCCGCUUCUACUGCCACCUGGAUUUCCAUGAGCUCUACAGCCCCCGCUGCAAGAGCUGCAAGACACCCAUUGAGGGCGAAGUGGUUGUUGCCUGCGGCGCAGAAUGGCACGUCGGCCACUUUUUCUGCGCCGAGUGCGGUGAUCCCUUCAGCUCGACCACUCCCUUCGUUGAGAAGGACGGCUUCGCAUGGUGCCUCCAAUGCCACUCCCGGCGCACCGCGCCCCGUUGUCUUGGAUGCAAGCAGCACGUUCUGGAUGACAUGGUCAUUACUGCCAUCGGCGGGCAAUGGCACGAGCGCUGCUUUGUCUGCCACGAGUGUGGCGACGGAUUCGGGGCCGAGGGUCGAUUCUUUGUCCGUGAGGGCGAGCCGAAGCGUACGGCCAAGGGUCGUAUCAUUGGCGGGCCGGUGCAGCUGGCUAUCUGUGAACGGUGCGAGGGUAUCCGUCUGAAGGCGCCUGGAAUGUGUUGA